CUUCCCUAACCACUGCCCAAUCACAGCCACCACUGCCCAAUCACUGGGCAUAAUCAUCUUUAUAUUGAGGUAUGGUUUUGGUCCAAGUCACCUAACCCUACGAGCCCCUCCCCCCCAUGAAAAUCUUGGGCCAUAGCUUCAUAAUUUUUAUGUUUGGCCGGCUAAGUGUUUAUAUCACCAAGGAUUCACAGCAAACUGAUGGUCACCUCCUCUGCAGAAGCCCUAAACCUCAGCUUUGAAUAAACAUUGAAAGGGGCAUUACUGUUAAACUUAACAUCACAGCAUGGAGUAUCAUUUUUAAACUGAAUGCCUUGAUUGACAGGAGACACCAGGAAAAUAUGGGGCCGGCGUUCAUAAUGAGAAGAAAAAAUGACAAGCGCUGUGAAUGUCACCAGGAAAAGUGACGGGAAAAUGAUGAUGAAUAAUGAUAAAAUUAUACUUCUGCCAUAUAAAAAAAAACAGAAACUGAAUUUUGGUCAUCAGGUUCUCCUUUGACAGAAAGAGCUUAUUGGUGAAAGGCAAACUGACAUCAGAAUUCACCAGCACUAGUUACACAAAAUUUACAAUGUUGCAUACAAAAAAAAUUCAGUAAUACUUAGUUGUCACCUAUUACACUGGUAGCAUGAAGAAAAUCACCUGAUUAAAUCUGUUUUUUUUUUUUUUAAAGUAUUUUUCACGGAAAUUGAAACAUCGGGAAUAAAUCAAAAUGCACUCCCCACUCCCCACCGAUGUGCUGAAAGAAGUACAGAGCAGCGCUGACGGCAGGAGAUCUGACAGAACAGAUGCAAAUCUCACUUUUCUGUAUCUCCAUGGACAAUUUAGAGACACCAAAGAGUCAAACUCAGUGUUUCUCAACUCGGUCCAUGGGGAUCCCCAGACAGUCCACGUUUUUGUUCCCUCCCAUGGAGCAAAAAUGUGGAGUGUCUGGCAGGCAGGAGAAAUGUGGACCGUCGGAGGGGGAUACCCCAUCAUCCACAGCAUGUCCUGGUUCUGGCCCAGGGUCUCAGCACAUUGUGGCAUGCUUGGGAACAGCUCCGAUGGAAGCCAUCUUAUCAGAUACUCAAACAUCCUCGGCUGGCACUUUUACCCUAAAUUAAACAAUUCUACCUGUUACAUAAGCUGACUUGUAAAGAAUUCAUGGCCAAUGGUUAUACAAACGAAUAAGGAAAUAGAAUCAUAGCAAAUAAUUAAAUUACUAUUCACUUAUUGGGGGGGUGGCCUCUUUUGUAUACUGUUUUACAGCAAUUAUGCACGAAAAGUUUUUAUGUUGUCUUAAGUCAUUUGUUUUCAGGUGUUUAAACUUCUCAUUAAUAUAAAAUAUUUCGUCAUGCAACUCCUUAUGUGUUGCCCAACGGAGUUAGGCGUUGCUAGGUUACGACAUCCGGGGUUUAUCUCCGGUUCUCUCCUUCGGUUUAGCCCCGAAUGCCCCAGUCCAGUGACGCCUACUUCGCGAUUUUUUAAGGUGGUGCUUAAUAAAACGAAUUUCGAAACCAGGGGCCUGUACUACGUUACUGGUUUAUUGGGGUAACUUGUCGGAUUUAAGGUAGUCUGGGCAAAAUGUAAGUAAAUGAAUAUGAAGUCCAUUUAAACUGUGGUACCUUAAAUCCAGCAAGUUACCCCGAUAAGCCAGCAACGUUAACCCUGCUUCGUAGUACAGGCCUCAGGUGACUUCAGGAUGAAUUGUGCCGAUAACACUGAAUUGUUAGAAAACAAAUAAUCUCACAAAGAAACUGAUUAAUCAUAUCUUAAUACUUCAAUACGCGAAUGAAAAUGCAUAAAAUGUUUUCAAUAUUUUGUUCCUUCAAAGGAAAAAAAGUACACAUUUUCAGUGGCGUAAAAGUUUGGUAAAUACACACUUAUUUGUCUUAACUUAUGUAGGCUACAAAUGCAUCUCAAAAGUAUCCUUAUUAACUGUUACAGCUUAAUAGCAUCUGCGCAGGCGCCGAUCAUCAUAUGCAGCUAGUGUGACCACUUUUCCGUCACAUUCAAGGCAGGCUGAAGAGUGCAGCUAUUGCACCAUUAUAAAUUUAAAUCAGCCUGGCAUGUUAACCGGCGCCAGUGAGCGUCCCGGUUAUUUUUUUCGGGAGGUUGUCAUUCAGAUUGGGAACGGAAACGUAACAAGGUCCGAUUACAGACUUUUUCCCGGCUCGACCUAUGCCGUCAGCAGUGGGUGUGCUUUCCGUGGGGUUUAAGUUUAAAUUUUAAACAUUGUAUCGCGUUUGAGGAAACGCUAAACCAGUGGAUGCUGCGAUCUUUCGGGAUGGUGCUGUCGCAGUGCUUGGAGGAUCUGCCCACUUCAAGGCAAACGUGCAGCGGAAAGGACGUGCAACUUCAGGACUUGUAUAAUGAGAGACACCGGCUUGCUUUGGAGGAGCUGGUUUCGGGAGGCAAGGAAUCCUACUUAUCAUUCUUGAAAAAAGAGGGAAUCCCCAGUUUUCUCUCCGAUGUCGAGAUACAGCGCAUCUGGCAGUCAGCCGUGGUGCCGGAGUGCGUGUCUUUAAGCGGGGAUGACGCCUGCCUGGAGCAAUCCGUCAGCAGCUCCAUGAACUGCUCUUCGGUCACCUACUUCCCCAACGUCUCGGACGUAGAUCCCCCGGCGUUGGAGCUGGGCUGGCCCGUCUUCAGGUCCAGCGCUUCCCGUGGAGUUACCCGAGCCGUCGCGCACUUUCAGCCCAGCUACGACGAAUGCAUUUACAGCUGCAAGGAGGCUGUUAGGCGCAUGAUUAAAAGCGCAAAAAAGGUGAUCGCGAUCGUCACGGACUCCCUAACCGACCUAGACAUACUUGGAGAUCUGAAAGAGGCGUGUACGGGACGUCGGGUCCCAGUGUACAUCCUCCUGGACCAGUCCUGCACCCCCUCCUUCCUGCAGAUGUGCACAAAUCUCAACCUCCGUCUUGACAGCCUACAGCACAUGCAGGUGCGCACAAUAAGCGGAGCGACCUACUUUAUGCGGUCCGGAGCGAAGAUUGUGGGCAAAGCUAACGAGCGCUUCAUGCUGAUCGACGGACACAGAGUGGCGACGGGAUCGUACAGAUUCAACUGGACAGAUGGGAGGCUCAACAGCAGCAAUCUGAUCGAGCUUUACGGUCAGAUUACAGAGAACUUCGACUUGGAGUUCCGGAUCCUCUAUGCCCAGUCCUUGCCUCUCGGUCCCCAGGCUCUGGCCAGUAACCAGACCAGCAGUGCCAGGGAUCUUCAGCCUGUCAGGUCCCUGUUAAAGCGGGAGCCCCACCAGGUUCCUGUGCCGGAGACCGUGGGCGAGGAGCACCGUGGGCAGCCAGGGGGCGAUCUUGAGCCAGAUGACGAGGCCGGGAAACGACCCAGUGAGGGCCGUCCUUCAUCCGACACGUCCACGAUAGUGGCAGAUAGGCCGGAACACGUGUCUGCUGCUCCGUCUGAUGGGAACACUGUGGAGUCAGGGGUGGACUCUCCGGUGCUGGAUUCCCAGUCCUCAGGUUUUGUUUGCAGUCAAACCAGUGUUACCUUGAUGGAUCGUGCGAUGCAGACGGACCAGCCCACACGGCAGUGCCUCUCAACCUCUGCCACUCAGACGGAUCUCCAGGUACCUGCCUCCUGCGGACCGGUGCCAGAACCUCGGUCCUAUUAUACCGCCAGCAUGAGAGGGCGGUCGCGCUCUGGACACUCGCCCGACGGUGCCCCAAGCGACCGCUUCCAGAAGCUGGCCAAGGCGCGACGGCACCACUACUCCAGGAUUCGCUGCAAGCUGGAUCACAUGGUCACACUGUUGUCCAAUCGCCGGGAGCUGGCGCAGCUCACAAACCUCCCCCUGAGCCCACGGCGGAGGAAAGACACUGAUGGCCAGGAGAAUAGAGCUAGUCAGGGUCUGGAAAUGCAGGGAACUCCUCUGCGUCGAUGGACAAAGUAUAAAAGGUUAAAGUAAAAUAAUAGUAAUAUUAAAAAUGUUUAGGGAAAUGGAAGUUUGUAAAGUAACUUGAAUGGGUGUACACACAAGCGUUUAGGCUACUGUUAGCAUUGAAUUUUUCAUAAUUUUAAAAUGUACAUUAUUUCUGUGCUUGAGAAUGUUAAGGCAAUUGGUCCUUUUUAGGAUUACAAUAAAGUGUGUGUUGUAAAAUUUUUAA